AAGCAAUUGUUUGAAAAAUUAAUUUUGUGUACCCCAGUGCUUGGCCAUUCCGAUGGAAAUUACUCCAGCCAACGAUAACCGCCAGUGCCGGUUGUGUUUAAACUAUAUCGAACGUUUAUUGUAUAUUUUUGACCAAGCCGCUCGGGAUAAAAAUGUUGCAAGCCUUUUGCAAACACAUUUGCAUAUACAGGUGGAUGAAGAGAAACCGCUACCGAAACACAUUUGCCUGAACUGCUUGGAGACCGUGGAGGCGUUCGACAAGUUCUACACCGAUGUUGCACAAAAUCAAACGUUUCUCGCACAGAACGAAAAAACGACGGUUAGUGUACUGGUGUGGAACGAAGAGCAUCUGGAGCAGGAUGAAAGCGUGGAACAUCAUGACAAAGAAGAAGAAGUUAUCGAAGAACCUGUCGAUCCGAAAGACAGCUUUAUGCUGCAUUGUGUCUCGGAGGAGGGUCCUUGCUUGGUUCCCGAAAUGUCUCGCUCCCGAUCGAACCCUCCGUCGUAUGAUGAGGUGCAGCAAACAAAACGUGCCAAAUUGAUUGAUACAGGAACAACCACUCACGUUGUCGGUUCAAACGUUGCGGCAGAUCGUCACUACAUCGAACCAGGAGUAGAGGAACCGUGUCCUAGCAAUGGUUUGAAGGUGAUCGUUGGCACAUUUGCUAACAGCGAUGAUGUUGCAAACGGGUCGGAAUUGGAAACCGAUGUUCAAUGCAUCCAAGAACGAACCGUUCAAAGUGCGGGUAUCGUUGUCAAGGUAUGCAACAUCAAGUACCCAAGAAUGAUACGGGAUGGCAAACUGGUGGUGAAAGGUGAGGUGCUCGACAAAUGUAUUGGAAAGUUUUACGGGCUGGAAUGCGAAUUGUGCAACGAGAAGAGCAGUACCAUGGAGGAACUUUUCACACACUACCGAAACGUGCACAAUGAUGAAGGCUACGUUAUGUGCUGUGGACGAAAGAUAGCCAAACGUGUGCUUAUGGCGAUGCACAUGGCGCGACAUUUGGAACCCGAAGCCUUUGAGUGUCCACAUUGCAAAAAAAUGAUGACCUCUCCACGCAUCCUACGGUUUCACAUUAGAAAUCACCUGCCAGAGGAGCAGCGGCCAUUGAAGUGUGACCUUUGUCCGCGACGGUUUAGUUACGUCAGUGGGCUGCUAACACAUGCAUCCACACACCAGACCGAGAAUAAAUCAAACCAAGCUUUUCACAUCUGCGACGAAUGUGGCCGAGCCUACCGAACCCGGGGCAGAUUAACCGAGCACAUCCUAACGUCCCACGCAGGUGACGGAAGCACAAAUUGCGCCCGGUGUGAUAUUUGCGGGAAGAAGUUUUCGUCGAAAAGUACCCUCAGCUACCACAUGACAACGCACGAACCGAAUGUGCACCAAGAACAAUGCGAGCAUUGUGGAAAAUGGCUGAAGAACAAAAUCUGUCUGCGGAAACACAUGCUACAGCACUCGGGCUUCCUCUACCACUGCGACAAGUGUGACUAUUCGACCACAAACUCGCAGCGUAUGCAGAGCCACCUUCGGGUGCAGCACACGGACGCUAAACCGUACGAGUGCCCGGAAUGUGGCAAAGCGUUUAAACUGCGAUACAACCUGCGCAAUCACAUGGCCCAGCAUACGGGCGAGCGCAAGUUUACCUGUGAGUUCUGCUCACGUCAGUUCGCGUCGAGUAGCAACUACUACAGCCACCGGAAGCGUAUGCACUCGGAGGAAAUGGAGCUGAAAAGGAAACAGAAAGAACUGAUGGAUAGUGAAAUCCGUAUCAAACUGAAGAAAGUAUAACACAUAGCAGCAUUUACGGCUUUCGUCAUCAUCGAUCUUCUGGAAAGACCACCGAGGGCAUUUGCAGUAAUCUCGUGAAUAAAUUUGAAACAUUGAAAUGGUAA